AUGCUGAUGCCUAAAUGUGUCUCGGUGACUCACUCUGUUCUCACCUUCAGCUUUAAUUCAGCGUUCGUCGUGGCGUUUGGGCUGAGUCACGUCAUCAGCACCUGUGACAAACAGUGGAGGGAGGAGAGAGAUGAAAUGACCAGAAAUAGAGAUCUCAGGUGCCUGUCUUCACCCUCUGCCCCCUCAUCCAGUAGCGUGUACCCCCGUCGAGCAUUCAGCGCGCCGGCCUGCCUCCCCAGCGCCGCCCCUCUGGAAGCCUUCUGGACUGAUCUCUACUCUGAGGAGGCUCUGCCGCCUCGGCGUGUCCCCUACCCGUUGACCUGCCUGCCACCACUCAGAGAGAAGCAGACGAGAGCCACAGGAGCAGAGGGGAUGAACCGCGAGGAGGCGCCAGGGAAGUCUUCUGAAGACGUGUACAUCCAGCAGAAAGUGCGGGUCCUGCUCAUGCUUAAGAAAAUGGGAUCGAAUCUCAAACCAAGUGAAGAGGCUUUUCUUCAGAAUUACAAAGGUGUGGUUAACAGUCAGAUGAGCCAGCUACCACAGCACAACAUAGACCAGGGUCCAGAGGACGUGGUGAUGGCCUUCUCGCGGUCGGAGACGGAGGACCGGCGGCAGUGACCCUGGCCCCCCCGGCCCCCCCGCCCCGUCUCGCCUGUGAUCCGCAACAGCACCCAGCUCCACAAACACAUCACUGAUGGGCUAAGUGAGGAGGAGGAGGAAAAGAUACACAGCUGGCUGCUUCGGACUCCGCCCCGGCCUUUUCCACGCCGCCCCUCCCUCACACGAGCCGGCACGCCAUCACCUGAGAUGCCCUCCAGAGGGUCACUGUGGGCGGAGUCAGUGAAAACGCUCUCUGACGGUGCAGACGCUUAUCAAGUAGAGUUUGUUUUGUUCCUUCGUGGCGGGGGUCGGAGGGCUGGUUUGGUGGCGUGUCGCUCGGCCUGAGUUGCGACGUCGGGCAGCGUGACCAGAACAGACUCCUGGUCCGGUCAGUUUUGGUAGAAGAGAGGUUUUAUUUGUCGGCUUUCACCCUAACCGGGCUGAAGUAGUUUUGGUUUUUGUUUAACUGGUGUAUACCGAAGCCUUUUUUUUUUCUUCUUAAUUUUAUUCUGUCCAUCAGGGGCCUCAUUUAUAAACGCAGCAGAGGAAAGACGGAUACAGCGAUGGUUCGAUUCAGAGACGCAGGCAAACGUUUCCGAAAAACUUAAUUCAGAGCGAUAUGAAUACGGUCAGCUCCUUCAGGUCUCCCUAUUUACAUGGACAGGCAGUCAGAAGUGUGUGUUAGCCAAUCUGAGGCGUGGCCGGCGGUCACCAGUGGGUGGAGGAAGGCGAUAAAAACCUUACAGGGUCUUGUUAGAGUCUAAAAACGCUUGUGUGCGGUCCAAAAAAGGUGGAUGGAUUUGGGUCGCUCGGACGGCGGCGCUCUUUUGUGCGCCGGCUAAACGGCGGCAGGACGGUGCAGCUUUAGUGAGCGGCCCCAGUCGGCCCGGGACCGCGUGAGGUGAGGUUUGGUCCUGCUGCGUGCAUGUUAGGGGCGUGCACGGCGUGUUAUCAGUGAGGCCCCCGCCCGCCCGCCGCUCCGCUGCUUUAUUUCGUAACAGUGUUUUUGUUUUUGUUUUAUCAUGGAGGGAAGCAGAAGAAUAAAGGAAAAAGAAACACACCCACACUAACAGAGAUAAUCACAUCGAGCACGAAACACACGUGUACAGACCCCCCCCCCAACACACACACACACAGAGCUUUUGAGUUAUUGUGAUGUGUAAAACUUUUUUUUAAAUUGUACAUAUAGUUGGGAAAGUAGAACAAAUGAAUUAAGUGUGCCAAUUGUUUUUUUUCUCUCUUUUUUUUUUUUUUUCUAAACUUAAGUUAAAUUUGCCGUAACAGUUCAGAGGAGCUGUAGAUGUAAUUUAUUGUUCACUGAUGGACAUCAGUUGGAGAAAUCCGAGCACGAGCCGCUCCUUCAUUAAACCCGCUCACACUAAAGUCGUACAAACUCUAAUUUUUUGUUUUAUCUGAGGACGUGAAGCCAAACGUUAAAACUGUGUGUUAUUACCGACUGUACUGCAUCUCUUGCACUAUUACCAGCGGGAUUUUAGCAAAAAAAAGAAAAAAUAUUGAAAUGUUUAGCACAGAGACUCUACAUUUGGUUCGGCGGGUGAAAAAAAACCAACAACUUUGUAAACAAGUUUUUAUCGCUCCUGUGAUUUAAUGGAAAAGGCUGUUAAUUGACACGUCUGGAUGAUAAACGGUUGAAUAUUUGUUAAGUCGGCAGGCUUUUUAAUGAGGCGCAUAUUUAAAGUGUUUAAGUAGAGUUGAUUUGACUUGUGAACUUGUAUUGUUUUCCAACUAAGCAUGUCUGCCUUGUGUUUCUCACGUCUGCUCAGCUGAAGAUCUAUGACGCCUUGCCACAACGACCAUUGUUUGUACAUUCUUUGGGUUUGUGGAAGCUACUUGUUCUAAAAUACAUCUUCUGGAUUUAGUUUUUUUUAUGGGCAAACCUUUUCUCCAUUUUAAGUUGUUGGCGAUAACUUUUCUUUGAAUGUCUUCAACAAUCAUUGCAAAUUGAUCAACCAACAGAGCUGUGCCUCCUUUUUUGUUGGGUUUUUGUUGUUUACUUCAAUUUUUUUAAAGCAUUAUUUGUCUAUGCAUUGUUUAGUUUCUUUUAAAAAUGUCUUACUGUACAUUUUGCUAUUCAAGUUUUUACUGCAGCCUUCCAUCAAGUGAUGAAUGUGUGUGUGUUUGUGUGUGUAUGUGUGUGUGUGUGUGUGUGU